AUGGCGUUGGACUUCUGGCUCUCCGAACGCGCCUUGGAGCGCGAAGCCAUCAAGCAGGUGAAGGUCGACGAUUUCGACCCCGCUGUGGCACCCUAUUGGCGCGAACAGCUGGCGCGCGUCGAUCGUGCAGAGGCGCUCCGCCUGGUGCAUCAGCUCGGUGGCGACAACCUGUUUGGCUGGCUGAGGUCCAAGUCCAGCCCCACCCCCUCAGGUCUCUUUGCAGAGGCGAUGAAGUGGAAGGCUGCGACUCCCAAUCUCGUCUUGCUGGUGCAGGUGGGCGACUUCUUCGAAGCUUGGGGCGUUGACGCCGUCAUGUUGGUGCAGUGGUGUGGCCUGAACCCGAUGGCCAGGAGCGACCUCAACUCAUCCGAGGCUUUAUUUUGGAUGUAG